UUGGUUCUUACAAGCCUCUUAGACUCUUCGGAUCUCAGGCAUCUCAUCCACCCCCAUUCCGCAUUCUUACUCGGUUAAAGCCCUUAUGGCCCGGAGAACAGGAUUAUGUCUUACGUUUUGGACAGCCAUUCUUCCCCCAGGACCAGUGAUGUUCCGUGUCAUAUAUCACUUUUUGAGGGCAUUCGAUGAUCCGGAAGAUUAUGACCCUCGUAGUCUAGUGAGGAGGUGCAUCAUGCGGUCAAUCCUAGCCAUCGUGGAUGAUUCUGCGAUCCCAGUUCUGAUGCCUGCUGUGAUUGUCGAUCACACGCUUCCAUGCACGGGUUGGACACUUGUGAUGGACGACCCAUUCCAGAAACUGGGGGGAAGAGAUGAUGCCUGGAAAUAUGCCUUUGUGCGGUCUACUUCAGAAGCUAGCGAACCCGAAGUUAUGGGAUUCGAAGGCUUUCUGUUGUCACUUGGUACCAACAAAGCGAACGACUCAAAGACGCUGAAGAUUGUUACGGCUCUUCAAGAUAUAUUUAAAUCAAUGGAAUUACUUGCAGGAAGUCAGGUAAAGUGUCUCCUUGCCCGUCCAAAUGGGGUAGGGGAGCCAGAUAGAAGGGAGUAAUGCAUUCCGUGACUGUUACUCUUUUUCCACAUCGAUCUCUUCCCUCCACCAUCCCAUGGACUUGGGGUAUAUUACUGCGACA